AUGAACACCAAUGUCUGCGUGGAGCCCGGGCCGAGCCCGGAGGCCCCGGGCUUGCCCAAGGAAAGCCACCUGCCCGAGGGGGCCCUGAACAGCCUUGUGGAUUACAACUCGGAGAUGGAGCGCUACCGCUCCUUUGCCACCUCCUUCUACAAGACCAACGGGGGCGCCUUCCCGCAGGCAGCCAAGAUCGCGCGCAUCACCACCCCCAUCUUCCCCAGCAGCGCCGCCGCCGCCGCGGCCGCCGCGCGCAUCGGCAUGUCCCCCUGGAACUGCGACAACGCGGCCACCGCCGCCGCCGCCACCGCCAUGCUCUGGGGCAGUGGCGGGGGCGGCGGAGGCGGAGGCGGCGGCGGCGGGGGCGGCGGCGGGGGCGGCGGGGGCAGCAGGAAAUCCUCUUCCGCCGCCGCCUCCUCCUCCGCCGCCUCCUCGGCGAUCCUCCCCGCCGGCGGUGGCGGCGGCGGCGGUGGUGGCGGCGGCGGCGGCGGCGGCGGCGGCGGCGGCGGCGGCGGCGGCAGCAGGACCAGCAUGCACCACCGAAACGACUCCCAGAGGCUGGGGAAAGCUGGCUGCCCGCCAGAGCCGUCGUUGCAAAUGGCAAAUACUAAUUUCCUCUCCACCUUAUCCCCCGAACACUGCAGACCUUUGGCGGGGGAAUGCAUGAACAAGCUCAAAUGCGGCGCUGCUGAAGCAGAGAUAAUGAAUCUCCCCGAGCGCGUGGGGACUUUUUCCGCUAUCCCGGCUUUAGGGGGCAUCUCAUUACCUCCAGGGGUCAUCGUCAUGACAGCCCUUCACUCCCCCGCAGCAGCCUCAGCAGCCGUCACAGACAGUGCGUUUCAAAUUGCCAAUCUGGCAGACUGCCCGCAGAAUCAUUCCUCCUCCUCUUCGUCCUCCUCGGGGGGAGCUGGCGGAGCCAACCCGGCCAAGAAGAAGAGGAAAAGGUGUGGGGUCUGCGUGCCCUGCAAGAGGCUCAUCAACUGUGGCGUCUGCAGCAGUUGCAGGAACCGCAAAACGGGACACCAGAUCUGCAAAUUUAGAAAAUGUGAAGAGCUAAAGAAAAAACCUGGCACUUCGCUAGAGAGAACACCUGUUCCCAGCGCUGAAGCAUUCCGAUGGUUCUUUUAAAGCAGUAGUAUAUCUUAUUUUCAAGGCAUUUGGAAGUGAAAGGCAAACUAAAUGUCUUGUUUUAAGAAACUGCUUAGUCCACCACUGAAGAAAAUAUCCAGAUAUUAUUUUCAUUUUAUGUAUAGGGGUUUCUUCAAAAAAAAAAAAAA